AUGAGAGCAGGACGACAGAGGGGCACAACGAUGGCCACCGAACGAUAUCAGUGGCAAGCUAGCAGCAGCCAGCCAUUCUUCACAUUUCACAGUUUCGAUGCUUAUCUGGCAGCUGCUGGCUGGCUCGAAUGGUCUUCGUGUCGUGGCUUCCGAUACACAAAACGAAGCUCGCAGAUUAGGUUGAAUUUGGAUCGUGAAAGUCCCAGUUGUACACGUCGAGCAAGCAGAGCCGCAGAUAUGUUCUCAGAAACGGGCGAUUUCGGAAUUACUUUGGCUGAACAGCUGCAACUGUCAAGAGCGGUAAUUGCGAACAAUAUGCAAGCUAAAGAGCUCUUUCAAAAAGCUUCCAUCAUUGAGGGGUUCUCGGCCGGUGGAAAAUCGUGUAAUAUAAAGGAGCACGCCAGAGAGCUUUGCGAACUGAUCGACUUCUGCAUUCACGAAAUUCACAGUUCCACAAGAGUGGUACAUGAUCGAUGCACCAGUGUUGGUGAAGCACAUUGCGGUGCAACAGACAGGUCAAUGAGUCAGGUUUGGGAUCAGUUCGGUGAUUGCUUGGCUGAAGCGAUCACAAAGGCUGAGCCGAUCAGAGGCAAACGAGAAUGCCUUAAGGCGUGGAAUGCACUCAUUUCUUUCAUUGUUAGAAAGUUUCACUUCUCUCCGAUUCUUUCAUUCCAUACAUUUCGCAUUAAUCGACGAAUUUCGUCUCAAUCUUCGAUCAUUGACUUGAGAAAGACCAAAAAAUCCAUAAAUUCAUUUGAGAAAAACAACACUGGAGUGAUAAAAUGGUUUCAGGUGGAUAGUACGAAGGGUGGCUACCUGGCAGAGUACAAAAGGAGGAGUGCUAAGAAGUGGUCUCGACAAGAGAACACUGCUGCUGAUACAAUCUAA